CCCGCUUUCGCUGGGGUAGACGGGGGGAGUGCGCAUGCGUGCUGUGUGCGGGGCUCGUGUGCGCAUGCGUGGAGUGUGGGCGGGGAGCGCGGGGAGCGCAAUGCGCGUGCGCAGAGUCCUCCAUUGAGAGCCGGUUUGGGGGGGGCUGUAUAGGGGGGUGUGUGGGGGUCCUAAAGGGGUUUUGGGGAUUGUGACACUUGCUCUGCGGGGGAAAUACUUGCCGGAGAGGUCGCUUUCGGGCAGAAUUUGGGGUGAAAAACGGCGGAUUCGGGAUUUGCGGCCGAGCAGAGCCGCAGAGGGGCGGUGCCCGCUUCCAAAAUGGCGGCUACGCCCCACAUUCAAAAUGGCGGCUCCGCGCCCGCUUCCAAAAUGGCGGCGCUUCGCCCGUUUCCAAAAUGGCGGCUUCGGCUUCAAGCACCUCACGAGAAGAAGAUACCCCUGCCCCCUCUCCCUCCGUAUCGGUACGAAGGCGUUGGGGCGAGCGGACCGAGAUGGCCGCUGCUUCCCCCGCGCUGUGAGGACGGCCUGGCUCAAGAUGGCCUCGAGAGGAUGAAGCCGUGGCGUCCAUCUUUGUUGAGGGCAGCCCGUAGCUAUGUGGGAUGCGAGGGCCCCAAGGUGGGGGGGGAAGGGUCAUUUUUAGGGACAUUUUCAGAUCCCCCAAACCCUCAAAGGGCUCUUAAAUACAUCUGCGCGGUGCUCCUGGCUGCCUGGUACACGGGGAACGGUCCCUAUUGACCGAAAAACCCCAUUUUCACCCCAAACACAGACCCUCCCCACAGCCCUCUCCAUCCACGUUCAAUAAAAUGCCCUAAAAUCCCAACCCCCCACCUCCAAAUUUCGGUUUUUGGCCCUAAAGCGGUGCUUGACGGCUUUGUCACCCAAAAAGUGCAUUUCUGUCGCCCAAAAGGUGCUUUUUAAACAAUUAUUUUUCUCCCAUUUCUGCCCGUCCCGCCGCCAGAGGGCCGUGGCACCGAGCGCAGCUCUUUUCCCUUUUUAAAGUCCUUCCUCCCCCCUUUUUUCCCCCUUUUUCUUUAAAUUUAACUCUUCCUUUCCUGAGCUGCCGGAAGGGUCAGACCCCUCACGGCCCUCUGCCCCUUUCUGCUGCGUUUUGGGGUGAAAAAGACGGAUUUUUGUCCCCCAAACAACGAAAUGGGGCACCGCCAGGCAUCGCCCCCAACACCUCCCAGCCAGCAGAGCGCAGCUGGAAAAUGAGGAAAAUGGGAUGAAAUGCACAGGAAAAAAAAUAAGGGGGAUCCACGGUGUGAGCCCCAAAUCGCCCUUUUUGUCCUCAAAUCGGGUGACAUGGAGCCCUACGUGCUGCUGGACCCACGGCAGAGAGCGCUGUACCGGGAUGUGAUGCAGGAGAGCUACGAGACACUGAUGUCCCUUGAAUUCCCCAUUUCCAAACACAACCCGCUGUCCCACAGGGAUGAACCCACAGCCCUGCAUCUCCACGUCCCCAAGGACACCCUGCUGGGAGACAACGGAGCAGUGCAGGAACCCCCUCAAGAGGACCCCAAAGCAACCAAACCCACAGAAGAGGGUCCUCCCUGCAGCCCUACGAGACGGAAGAGCAGGGAACCACCGCACCUUCCCCAAACCCAACCUCGUACCGUGUGUGCUGAAUGCGGGAAGAGCUUCAGCCACAAAUCAGCCCUGGUCAAACACCAAAAAAUCCACUCCGGCAACCGCCCUCACGAAUGCCCCCAAUGUGGCAAAGCCUUCAUCCAACGUUCCGACCUCACCAUCCACCAACGUGUGCACACGGGUGAGCGGCCCUACGCGUGCCCCGACUGCGGGCGGCGUUUCAGCGUCAGCUCCUCGCUGCUCACCCACCAACGCACCCACGUUCCUGCUGGGGAGAAACCCAACCGGUGCCCCGAGUGCGGACGCAGCUUCGCCGAAGCGGCGGCUCUGGAUCGGCACCGUAAGAGUCAUUUGGGUGGGAAACCCUACGAGUGCGGGGUCUGCGGGAAGGCUUUUGCAUGGAGUUCCCAUUUGGAGCGGCAUCGGCGCAUUCACACCGGUGAGAAACCCUUCCGAUGCGGCCAAUGCGGGCGGGCGUUCGCAUGGAGCUCCCACCUUGACCGCCAUAUGCGCACCCACGCGAUGGUGGAGGAAGAGGAGGAGGAGGAGGAGGAGAGUGGGGAGGAUGAAGACCUUCCUCCUCCACCCCAAAAAUGCGCAGAUUGCGGGAAGCGGCUCAACCACCAGACGGACCCACAGCGCUUCAAGCAUAAGGGGACCCAAACGUCACCGACCUGGGAUGGAGAUGGGUCCUCUGUCACCCCAACAUCACCAAUUGGAGAUGAGGAUGGGUCUUCCAUCACCCCAACAUCACCAAAUGGAGAUGGGCCCCCUGUCACCCCAACGUCACCAAAUGGAGAUGGGCCCUCUGUCACCCCAACGUCACCAAAUGGAGAUGAGGAUGGGCCUUCCAUCACCCCAACAUCACCAAAUGGAGAUGGGCCCUCUGUCACCCCAACGUCACCAAAUGGAGAUGAGGAUGGGUCUUCCAUCACCCCAACAUCACCAAAUGGAGAUGGGCCCCCUGUCACCCCAACAUCACCAGCUGGGGAUGAGGAUGGGUCUUCCCUCACCCCAGUAUUCCCAACUGAGGAUGAGGAUGGGCCCUCCAUCACCCCAGCAUCAACUGAGGAUGAAGACAGGUCCUCCAUCACCCCAACAUCACCAAUUGGAGAUGAGGAUGGGUCUCCCAUCACCCCAAUAUCCCCAGCUGGGGAUGAGGACAGGCCCUCCAUGGCCCCAUACCCACGCAAACAGUGCAGCACAUCCCUCACGCAGAGCUCCAACCCCAAACACCGUUGCAUCCACCCCACCGAGCAGCCCCACACGCGUCCCCAUUGCGAGCAUCGCUUCCAACGGAGCUCAGCAUUGACCAAACACCAACAGACCCACCCCAAACCACGCACCGAGGAACCCACCACCAAGCCAUUCCCGUGCAGGGCGUGCGGAAAGACCUUUGCUUGGCUCUCCCAUUUGGAACGGCACCGUCGCGUCCAUACUGGGGAAAAACCAUUCCACUGUGGGGAAUGCGGGCGGGCGUUCGCCGUCAGCUCCCACCUGGAGAGGCACCGACGGCUGCACCGUGGGGAAAAACCCUACCAGUGUGGGCUGUGUGGGAAGGGCUUUGCUUGGAGCUCCCAUUACGACCGGCACCGGCUCACCCAUACAGGUGAGAAACCUUUUUCUUGUGCCCAAUGUGGGAAACGCUUCGGGCGCAGCUCGCACCGCAACCGGCACCAGCGUGCCCAUAUGGAGAAGCAUCCCGGCCAUCCCCACUGCAUGGGGUGAGGGAACACAGCCCUGCUUCCCUGCUGCCUUCCUCCCCUGCCCCAUAGCAGCCCUGAGCGCCGCCCCCCAGCUCCUGAGGUAGGGGUGGGGAUUUGUGGGGGGGGCUCAGAGCCAACCUUGCAUCUUUGGGGUCACCCUGCAGCUGGAGUGGGGAGGGGUUGCCCCCCUCCUCCAUGCUGGGUGUUAAGGGGAUGUUUUGGGGUCCGGGAUGCUGUCAGGGUGGGGGUCAGUAUGGA